UUUUGUUCGAGCGGACUAUUCUUUUAAAUUCCUUAUCAAUUUUUAACAAUAUUUUUCUACAAUAUUUAUACAAAUAUUUACCUUAAAAUAUGGUUAGUUUAUUUUUACCAUACAUAUGAUAAUUUUCGUGGUGGCUAUUAUUUUACAUGGCUGUAUAUAUUGAGUUCUCUGGCAAUGAUAACCAUGAGGGGUCAGAAAAAUAAAGCACUAUAUUUAAUUUUGUUGGUGAAAAAAGAUAAAAUUAAAAAGGGAAUAUUUUUUUUAACAAAUAAUAAUGUUACUUAGUUAUAAAAAUAAUUAUAAAUUUCUUACACAGUUUACGCAGUAAAUAAACAAUAAAUCAUGGGUGAUAUAGAAAUUAAUGAGGCUCUAGCCUCACUAGACAUUCUUAUGUCUGAAUUUUUUGCCCCAACGACAAGUAAUUACAGAAAAAGAGAGAUUGAGAGCAUGCUUGAAAAUUUCUCCAACCGUAGGGACUCAUGGAAACACUGUUUAUUAUUUUUGCAAAAGUCUCAAAACCAGUAUGUUUUAAUGUUUACAUUGACAACUCUGGAGAAUAUAAUAAACAGGCAGUGGAUUAGUCUGUCCGAUGAAAAUAAAAUAGAAAUCAGGCUAACAUUAUGGAAUGAAUUAAUGACAAAGCAUGAAGUGAUGCUGUACUUUAUAAGAAACAAAUUAGCAGCCCUGAUGGUGUCUAUAGCGCGGUAUGACUGGCCACAUCUGUAUGAGGACUUCUUCACUAAUAUAGUGGAGCUAAUAAAAUGUGAUGGCAGACAAUGCUUAUUGGGAUUGGUGUUGGCCCAAGCAGCAAGUGAAGAAUUAGGAGCUGCCAGAGACACCGGUGUACUUCUGCCUUCAGCCAGACGCAGUCGAUUAGAGAGACUAAUGCUCAAAGGAAUGCCACAGUUGUUAUCUGCUCUUAAUGGAAUUUUGGAGAAAAAUGCACAGAAGGAGGGACAAUCUAACCCUCCGCCUUCGCCGACAAACGGCCCGCCACAAACAUUAGCACUGCCAGACUUACUAGCUAAUGCUCAUGAUGUACAUACUGUAGAUAAGGCUUUAAAUAUGGAAAUCGUUGUUAAGUGCCUUACAACACUCCAACAUUUAUUCUCGUGGCUACCAUUAUCAUCUCAUGUGCCACCAUCACUUGUGACUACAGUGUUCUAUUGGGGCAGUAUUGCCACUCAGUCCCAGAGUGGCGAGGCGGCGCUGGCGGGGCUGGGCGGCGCGUGCGAGCUGCUGUACCGGCGGUACGCGCCGCCGUCGUCGGCCGCCACGGCGCUGCGCCUGCACCACUGCGCGCUGCGGCUGCUGCGCCACCUCACGCACCACGCGCACCAGACACCUCGCUACGCGAGUAUUUAA